AUGGAAUUUCAAUAUAUUUUAUUAGCACCUGUGGUUUUGCUAGUGGGAAUCAUAAUAUAUUUUUUGAAGUCUAAAUCAGAAUCUAAAUAGAACCAACAACCUUAAUAAGUUAUCAGUGGUGAAGAAAAGAAAAUUCAAUGUCAAGAUCAAUUAAUUCCAAUCUCAAUUUAUUUUGGAUCUCAAUAAGGCACAGCAGCUCGAUUUGCCAAAUAAUUAUCUGAAGAAGGAAAAGAACAUGGAUUUAUUACAACAGAGAUAGAUCUCAAUGAAGUAGAAUUUGAGAAUGAGAUGAAAAAGGGAAAAGUUGGAAUCUUUUGCAUGGCUACUCAUGGGGAGGGAGAUCCUACAGACAAUGCAAAAAAAUUCAUAAGCUGGUUAUAAGAGCCUUAACCAUCAUUAGUUGGAUUUCAAUUUGCUGUUUUUGGACUUGGCAAUAGACAAUACGAACAUUACAAUAAAAUUGGAAAACUUACUAACAAUCUUUUGGAAGGCUAAAAAGGUGUGAGAUGCUACUAGUAUGGUGAAGGAGAUGCCAACAGUACAUUAGAAGAUGACUUCAUAGAUUGGAAAAAAGACUUGUGGAAUGAAUUGAAGAUUUCUUUAAAGGAUUUAAUUGAUUAAGCAAAAAAUUGCUAAGUUUAAUAAGAAGUUCAAGAAAAUCCUGAAAGUACUAACGACAACACAAACACUGGAUCAACAUUCAAACUUGUGGUUAGUAAUAGUGAAGAGAUUAAUUUUGAUUAAGCUCUGCAAGGAUAAUACGAUUUUCAAACUAAAUAGUUUUUAAAAGCAAAAUAUUGCCAAGUUGUUUCAAUUUCUUAAUUAAGGUAAAAUCAAAAGGAUGGUUCAACACUUCAAAUCAUAUUCGAUACAGGUAGAGAAGGAAUCGAAUAUAAAACAGCAAUGAAUUUAGGAGUUUAUCCUGAAAAUGAUGAUCAACAAAUUCUCGAGAUUGCAAAUUAUUUAGGAGAAAAUCUUGACACUGUUUAUAGUUUGGAAUUACUAUAAUAGAAUAAUAGAGCAAAGGUUCCUUUUCCUUCUCCUUUAAGUGUGAGAAAGAUUUUGAAGCACUUUGUGGAUUUUAAUGGUUAGUUAAUGAAAAACACAUUAACAAAAUUGUCAAAGAUUUCAAGUAAUGAUGAAAAAUUAAAGAACUAAUUAAUCCAAUUAACAACAGAGGAAGGAAAAGCAGGCUUCUAGAACUUAGUUGAUAAUAUGAAAACUACAAUCUACUAAUUGAUUAAAGAAAACAAUAUCAAAUUAAAUUUAGCAUAGUUUAUCGAACUUUGUCCAAGAAUUAGCCCAAGAUUAUUCACAAUAGCAUCAUCAAACUUAAAAAAUCCUUAACAUGUUGAAAUUGCUGAUAGCUUAUUAAUUGAUACACUACCAAAUGGAACUGAAAAAUUAGGUUUAUGUUCAUAGUAUUUCAUAAAUGUCCAAAAGAAACUCUUAGAAGGGGAAUGCGUUAGAGUUAGAGUUGAUUUCAGAGAAUCAAGUUUCAAAUUACCAGAUGAUCCAAAUAAAUCCAUAAUUAUGGUAGGACCAGGAACUGGAAUAGCUCCAUUUAUUGGGUUUUUAUAAGAAAGAGAAAUCUUUUUAUAAAGUCAACCUCAAAGACAAAAUGAAUAUAUUCUAUACUUCGGAUGUAAACACCAAGAUGGAGAUUUCAUUUAUAAAGAUUAACUAAGAGAGUUUGAAAGAUCAAAAACCAUUGAUAGAUUUUAUACAGCAUUCUCAAGGGAUCAGGAAUAGAAAUGUUAUGUGUAAGAUUUGCUUAAACGCAACUCUGAAGAGUUAUAUAAUUAGAUAUUAAAUGAUAAGGUUGUCAUUUAUAUAUGCGGAUCGACAAGCAUGGGAAAUUCGGUUUAAAAUUUGAUUAAAGAGAUACUAAGUACAAAUGGUAAUUGGACAGAACAUGAAGCUGAAGAAAAGAUAUAAAGUAUGGAGAAAUAAAAAUUACUCAUCAAAGAACUAUGGUGAUUUAGAUUA